AUGAAACGAACAAAAGAAACAUUUUUUAGAGAACAUCCAGACUGGUAAUAUAGAUAAGGAGUGAGUGGUUUGAAGGAAUUCGAUGGCGAAGAUUUAUAAUAUGAUUCUCGUAAUUAGCAUAACAAAGAGCAACAAAAGUAAUGGAUAUUCGAUUAGAUUGAGGAAAAGAAAAGAAGACAAGAUUAAGAAAAGGCAGAGGAAUAGGCAUAUGCAUAAUAAACCUUAGAAAUAAAUAGAUUUCGAGGAAUGUUACAAGACAAUUUUGCCUCAAGGAAAACUGAUAUGGGAGUUGCCACUAAAUAAACGAAUUUAUAAUUGGCCAAGGAGAAGAAGGACAAAGAGGAGAGAGAGAAGUAGGAGAAGUUGGCAGCUGAACGUGCAGAGAGAGAUUUAUUACUAUAGCGGGGUCGUAAAUAGCCAUAUAACGGAUGA